GCAGAUCUCUUUACUCUAUUUAUAUAUGUCUAGGAAGUACUCUCUCUCUCUCUCUCUCUCUCUCUCUCUCUCUCUCUCUCUCUCGAGUAAAUCUCUUGAACAGACGCCAAGUAGACAGUACCAUCCCGCCUGUCCAGAUUCUCUCGAGAUCAUUACGGGCACGUGCAAACACUUCUGAUGACCGAGGUACAAAAGCCUAUACCAAAAUAUAUGUGAGCGACGAUCCGAUUGCAUAUACACACGCGAUGUUAUACGCGUUCCGAAGGCCGGCUGUCAAGGUAGACCGCGUAGCGGCGAGAGGGCAAUGGCCGGGCAUCGUACUCGCUGUACGAACGCUGGGAGGUGACAGAGAGACGCAAGAAUACGAGACGAGGUGUCCACCGGGCGAUGUGUAUACCGGUUUUGUAUGUACGUGCGAAUGCGGGAUUGAAUCCCGUAUCUCGAGAGUAAACCGGCUGUCUUGUUAACGGGUUCCUGCCGGAGGCGGUGAGGCGCAUCAGGUCGGGGCCUCCAGGACGUUCGCUACCAUCCAUUUUUCAGUCCUCUUCACGUCAGAAUCGAUCACAGAUCAUGCUCGUCCUGCAUGGCUUCCUCGUUAUCGCGGCCUGUCUCGUCACCAUCGCGAUUCUUCCCGCGGUGGCCAAGGCGAUCUACGAUCAGCGACAGACCGGUGAUGUGAACGUGCAGAUUGACCUGAAGGACCUGCAGGUGAUUGCGCUUGUCAACUCCGAGCUCCUGGACGAUUAUACGGAUUACGAUUACUUAUAUGAUUAUGCUGACUUUACCAUCAAGCCGCCGGGAAACAGGCCUAUCGUGAGUUCCACGACGGAGAAAAAUGAUGCCACACAAGUUUUCGAGCCACUGCCGUCACAAAAUUCAACUGUCUCGACGCCUAUCAAUAAUACAAGCCCGACCAGCGACAUAAUGCUAUCCGAAGGUGCUACUCCAUCGAAUGAUACUAAGAACGACAAGACACUGUCCAAAGACGAAGAGAUCCCAAAUGCUGAUCCGUUGAUUGGUACUACGAGCUCGACGCCAAAUGCGGAUAACGAUGACAAUAAGAAUCAACCGAGUGAAAAGGAAGCUGAAACUGGAACAACUCCUUCGACCACGAUAAAAUCCGCACAUGUCGUGCGGUCGCAAAAGCGCUGCAAAUUUGGAUAUGUUCCAAACGGCAAUGGUCGCUGUCGAUCGUGGUUGAAUCGCUUGUUGCCGUGAGUACAACCGCGUAAGUACAACCGGAUGCCCUAUUCUGAUCGAUCGGUCCUCCCUUGACCAGAUUCAAAGGCAAAAGCUAGAGGAGUAAAUUUAGAAACAAGUGUUCUUUGAAGGUGUGCCAUAUAUGCAUCGAAUUUACGCCAUAUUUGCCUUCACAUGAUGAAACAAUCCCACAUUUUGCACUUUUGUAAUGCGAUAAUUAUCUCCGAGUACUUGACGCUCUUUCUUAUUUUGUUUCACAGUUCCGGACUAAAGAGUUUUCCUAAAAGAGGUAAUACACGAUUAAAAGUAUAUUCACAGGAAGAAACGCAAGCGCACG